AUGUCACUCUCACGACUCGCAGAAGGUCCAACGUGGCCUAAAGUCUCCCAAGACUCUGCCUCCCACAAAGGUGCUGGAAUGGCUGCAGCCAGUAGCUCCAGCCCCGGUUCCAUCCGGUCAACUUUUCCUCCGUCACUAGAGGCAUGGUCGGCGACAGCUCGCCAAGUCAUCCUGCAUCAUGGUCAGGGGAAGGAAGAGCUCUGCUCGCUCGAACUUCCCAGCUAUGCGCACGAUCUGUACGCUCGUUUGAGCCUUCUCAGCUUGCUUGACGGUCUGACAGACAGGCUACAUAAUGACACGACACGUGCAGGCGAUGCUCACCUGCCCGCAGCUCUCAUGGUCACGAUUGCCUGGCUCCUACAUCGGCCAUACAGCGCAGCUCCCACACAACUGCAUCCUUUCGCGACCUUGCUCGCCGCUAGAGCUCGCUCUGUCAGCGGACGACAUCCGUCUGUCAGCGUCGUCAUCGACGGGAUACUCGGAGCUGAUGCCGCCACACUGUCCCGACUCGGCCAAUCUUCUGCUCUCACUUUGAUUGAGAAAGCCGAGCGAAGAUCGUCUCAAAGACAAGAUGCUAGUGGCAAGCAAGAAGAGGCAAUCGCUCUGAUUUCUGCUGCUCGGACAAGGGCAUUGAAUCUUGGCGAGACGCGGAGCUUGACUCUCAUGAUCACAGCCUUGCGUGACAUGUCCGAUCUGAUCCAACCAGCGGAAAUGUGCUCCAUUGCGUCGCACAAUCAACCAUCGCUGGUCGUCCGGCUCAUCACCUCCCUUCAAUCAGCCGCAAAAGCGAUUCCUCAUCUUAUUGGGCUGGCAAAAUUAGAGCCGAGCUUGCGUUCCCUGGACCUAUUCAUGCGCUUGCUCACGUCCGAAGUAAAGAUGUCGAUUAGUCAAAACGAGCAAAAGGUCACGAUGACACUGAAGCGACUGAGCAAAACGAUCGCGCUGGGCGGCUGGCUGGCGAGCGUCAUAGCGCACGUGGAGCAAGCCGAAGAAAAACGCGAGAUGGACCAGGAGCGCGUAGGAGAAGUUGUCAGCAGACUGUGCAGGUUCAUCAGGGCUUUGAUGAGCCACGAUAUCCUCCCGAACGGUGAUGGCGCCUAUGGACAAAAUACCGACGAGGACAGCGAAGUGGACCUGGCAUGCAUCGUGGAGUGUCGACAUUUUGCGCUGAGGUACGGACGCUUCAGAGAUGCCGGAGAGCUUUAUGCGUCUUUACUUCGGGUGGAGCUCUGA